AUGCUGGCCGAGGUAGAACAGAGAUCAGAGCCCGAGGCGACCCGCAAUACAGUCUUCACAACCAAAUCCAACUCCGCGCUGUCGAACAAUGAAUUAGUGGAAACAGAAGAAAAUGUAAUACUCCAAGAGGAAAAGGGCUGCAUGUACCUUGAUCCUCGAGGAAAGUACAGAUACGUAGAUGCGGACUCUUCGCUCAGAUUCGAUCAUGCCGCCCAUAUAGCUCGACAGCCCAAUCGUGCAGAACCUACAAGGCCAAAACAUGAUGCAAGCGUACUGCAUCCUUUCAUUACCACCGUCAUGCCGCCCUCGCCGGAGACAGUUGGGAGUUUUCGAGCCGUGGAGGACUUGGAAGUCGUGUAUCUCCCGAAUCGGGAGACUUGUUUGCGAUUCAUCACAAAGUUCUUUGAGCAGGUGCAUGCCAUUUACUGGGUAUACUCGCCUGAACAGUUCUACAUGCUUCUUGACCAAACACUGGAGACUGGAGGCUCCGAAGCGAGCGCUUCAUGGCUUUGUUCGCUGUACUCUAUCUUCGCCAUUUGCUCGAUGCAGCCGACAGGUCAAGAAGAUCAAGGGGGUGAGAAAUCGUCUGACGAUUACCUUCGCAUGGCAAGAGAGUAUGGAGUCCGAGCUGCCGAUGAAGCUGACCUUGGAAGUGUGAAAGCACUGGUUCUUAUGAGUCUCGCCCUCAACGCCUCAUUUCACAGUGUGAUGGCUUAUUGUACUAUUGGUUUGACUGUCAGGAUCGCAUACUCACUUGGUCUCCAUCGAAACACGGCCCAUAAGUCAUUGGACUCCGUGGAGAAAGAACGUGCCCGGCGGCUGUGGUGGACACUCUACCAACUCGACCAAGAGGUCUCGAAUCAGCUUGGCCAUCCAUUCGCGAUAGUGGACGAAGCGAUUUGCAUCCAGACGCCAUUUGCCUCUGAACAAAUUCUUGAUCCAGGGCGUAACACUCCACUGGGCUACCAGGCCAUCUGCGUGUCGCUAAUCAAACUGAAAAAGAAAAUAAGCCAGUCACUAUACGUAACCCCUGCCCAGACGACACGCAGAGUCCGCUUCCAGCAAGUCACCAGCUGCAUCGCAUCUCUGUAUGAUUGGCAUGCUUCGGUUCCAUCGCAUCUCCGUUGGGGCUCGUCGUUAGCGCCAUCGCAUCUAAGAGCGGUGUCCGUCCUCCAUCUACGAUACUGGAUCACACUUGUUCAUGUAACCCGGCCGUUCCUCUUACACUCGGUAACUAGGUCAGCGGAGCUGCGGAACUCGGUCAAGAAGAAGCGAUACGACGAUUUCAGCAACCUAUGCAUCGAGGCUGCAGAGAAUGCAAUCGUCAUAUUGAAGGCCAGGCACGAGGACCGAAACCUCUCGAGCCUGAUGUUGUUUGACAGUGGGUGUAUACAGGAGCUCGUCCAGGUUUUCCUACUGGCCGAGGAAAAGGUUGGAAGAGGGACUUACAGAACGAAUCUGGAAUUCUGCCUCAGGGCGAUGCGUGCCAUGGAAGCCGUGGGCUGGUGUAAAAGAAUACUUCCGGAUCUCGAAACAUUGCUUAGAGACACUGUCACAUUGAACACCGACGAAGAUGAGAGCCGCCAAUCAAAUCCCAAGGCAAACGAGACACAAGGCUUGAGUAUUGCUGCGGCAAGAACCCACCACUUCCAAGACUACGGUCUCAGUGGAUCCGGCCUAUUCGGCGAUGCAGCUGCAUUUGAUGCAGCUGUGAAUUCAUUUGAAGAUUUUGAGCUGUAA